AUGUCAAUGUUUUUCUCAAUAUUGUCUGUCCCCCCCCCCCAGAUGUCAAUAAAGAGCAACGAGGAAGAUGGAAAUCAAACAGAGCCCAUAACAUUCAUCCUCUUGGACUUUAAUAAUGAAGAUCUGCAGGUUUUAUUUUCUGUGUUGUUUCUACCUAUCUACCUUGUGACCAUGGCUGGAAACAUCCUCAUUAUUCUAUUAGUGGUGAAUAAUCAGCACCUCCACACACCCAUGUAUUUCUUCCUAGGAAAUCUCUCCUGCCUGGAGACUUGCUAUAGCUCAGCCAUCAUGCCGAGGAUGCUGGUCAGUUUUCUGACUGGAGACAGAACCAUUUCUGUUCAUGGAUGCUUUGCACAGCUGUAUUUCUUUGGGUGUCUUGCUGGAACAGAAUGUUACUUCCUAGCAGUAAUGUCAUAUGAUCGGUAUUUAGCAAUUUGCAAGCCACUGCAUUAUGUAAUGCUCAUGAAUGGAAGAAUUUGCAUCAUGCUUAUUGUUGGAUCAUGGGUCAGUGGAUCAUUGGGUAUUAGUGUCCUAAUAUAUUUGGUAUCUCAGCUGAGAUUCUGUGGGCCCAACAAAAUCAACCAUUUUUUCUGUGAUUUCACCCCCAUGGUAAGACUUUCCUGCAAUGAGACAGAUUUGGUUGAACAGACAGCCUUCAUUGUCUCCUCUUUAGCCACACUACCUCCUCUUCUAAUAACUGUGUCAUCUUAUGUGAGCAUUAUCAAAAGUAUUUUAAGAAUCCCAUCCACCAUUGGUAAACAAAAGGCAUUCUCUACAUGCUCCUCUCACCUGACGGUGGUUGCUUGCUUCUAUGGCUCCCUGAUGAUAGUCUAUGUCUUACCAAACAUGAGUUCCUUGAUUGACCUGAAGAAACUAUUAUCUUUGUUAUACACUAUGCUCACCCCUCUGGUCAAUCCCCUUGUGUACAGUCUGAGGAACAAAGAAGUAAAAGAUGCAGCAAAGAAAACUUUCAAGCUGUUUCAGAGAGCUCACUAA